AUGAGUUACAUCCACCCCUCAUGGAACUAUCCCGCCCACUCGGGUCUCCCAAUGGACCACAACAUGGCCUACGACCCUUCCAUGAUGCCCCCGCCUAUGAUGCAUCCCAUCGAUGGCUAUCUCUACCCUCAUCCGCCUAUGGAGAUGAUUGAUUACUAUCACCAGCCCAUCAUGGACUAUGACGAAUACACAGAGAACCUGUCACGCCCGCGUUUGACCAAGGAGCAGGUCGAGACCCUCGAGGCUCAAUUUCAGGCUCACCCCAAGCCCAGCAGCAAUGUGAAGCGUCAAUUGGCUGCUCAAACAAAUCUGAGCCUGCCACGCGUGGCUAACUGGUUCCAAAAUCGACGCGCCAAGGCCAAGCAGCAGAAGCGCCAGGAGGAAUUUGAGAAGAUGCAAAAGGCCAAGACCGAGGCCGAGGAGGCCGCACGCCGCAAGUCCGAGACAUUGGAUCAACAUCUGUCUGAGUCGCGACAGUCUUCCUCCGCCCCGAAGGAAGAGUCUGAGCAGCCCCCUACCCCAAAACAAUCCUCCGCCACCCCUACCCCUACCCCCGAGAACACCACACAAUCCGAUUCGCCGGCCAAGGGGAAGCACCACAAGACGAAAAGCGAGUCGGCACGCGAGGCGACCUUCGCAUCCCUACAGCGGGCCCUCAAUGCUGCCUGUGCGGCGCGUCCCCGUUUCUCCCGCAAAGGCUCCCGCAAGCCGGAUUCCGUGCCAGAGGAAGAGCCAAUUUCGCCUACCUCCAUGGCCCCGCCAGCCACUGCCCCCCAGUCACGCGAGGGCAAGAGGCAACCAACCUACAACUCAGGCUAUUCUGACUGGGCCGGUGUCAAGGACGAAGCUUCCUGGGGGUCAUCUCAUCCUCAGGCCGAGACAUCCUCAUUCCACCCCGCCAACCAGUCCAUUCCUGAGGUGCCCACCUCUUCGCACUCUGUACAGCAAAAUGGAAACGCCUACUCGGGAACCCAAUACCAGACCGCGGAGUGGACAGAGGCCCACAAGGAGCACAUGUCCCCUCAAAACAUAGGAGCCGAUGCCGGCAUGGGCUACAACAUGCAGUACCCAAUGCAGGCACCCGAUAUCUCCGUCUCUCGGCGGGAUUCGUCCGAUGCCUUGUCCACUACCCUGAACGGUAUUGGGAUCUGUACGUCCGAGUCGGGUAUGCCAGCAUUGAACCGAGCCGGUGGAUCAUCUUGGGAGAAGUCCGGGAAAGAACUCGAUCUUGCUGCGAGACGUAAACGCCCCCGCCCUGCUGCAAUUGGCACUUCCAACACACGUUCGUUGGCUGCGUCGACGUCCAUGUCUUCCCCUAUCGCCUACCAGCCGGAUGCCGAGCUCCGGUGCUGGAAACUCGAUGAGACACUCCAAGUCGGCCCAGAACCUCAACACCCGGUAUGCCGGUGUGCGGAAGGCCUCUGCGGCUCAGCGCUCCCCGUUGAAUUUCACUUUCGCCGAGUCCGGUUCCAUGAAGUCCAGCAAGGCCGAGAUGUUGCGGCCAUCCGUCUCAUCCUCAAACCUGGCUCCGCCAACCCCCCUUGA